AGGGGGAAGUGACGUCACGAGACGAGAGAAAGAAGCAGACGUAGAAGUGAGAGGCGCAUCUCAGAGUGAGCGGCGGGGACAGGUCAAAGGGCAGCGCGGGAGUCGGGGGGAGAGCGGAUCGAGUACCCACACGGUGGAGACAUAAGUAGAUUUCAUCUGAGGCCCGACAGAUUUGCGAGUAUCCUAGCAACUUCAAGUGAACUGAAGAUCUGCAUGGAUUGAAUGACAUUUCUGUCAAGCUCCUCGCCUUGGUGAGUAGAGAUACAAAAACUCCACAGCAGCACAAGUAUUCUCCUGUACCAAUAACACAUCAGCCGGUGAAAGUCCCACCAUGGAAACAGAGAGUGAACAGAAUUCUGGCUCCACCAAUGGGAGUUCAGCGUCGGGGAGCAGUACGCGCCCUCAGAUAUCACAGAUGUCUCUUUAUGAACGGCAAGCUGUACAGGCCCUGCAGGCUCUCCACAGACAGCCAAACGCUGCUCAGUAUUUCCACCAGUUGAUGCUACAACAGCAGCUGAGUAAUGCCCAGUUACAUAGCCUGGCAGCUGUUCAGCAGGCAACAAUUGCUGCGAGUCGACAAGCUGCAUCUCCCAACACAGGCUCUGGCCAACAGACAAACACCACACAGGGAUCUGCCAACCUUUCCACAAGCUCUUCAGCCCAGCUCCUAAGCCGUACGCAGAAUGUGACCGCACCCAGUGCCACGACCCUCACGCAGUCGGUGUUGCUUAGUAACAGCAGCUCGCCAUCUCUUGGGCAGUCACAAACACCAGUGUACCUGCGUCAACCACAGCUAGGAAACCUUUUACAGGUGAACCGGUCACUUGGGCGUGGGGUUCCACUGAACUCACAGCUCAUUUUGAUGCCCAACGGAUCGGUAGCAGUCCAGCAGGAGGUGACAUCUCCCCAGAACCAAGGAGUACACCAGGACUCUGAUCAGGUUCAGAAUUUGGCCGUUCGGGGCCAACAGACAGCUGCGACUACUUCUACUAUUUCACAGCCAGCUCCUCUAACUACCAAAUCCCCAAUGCACCCAGCCUCUUCAGCAGCACCGACACAAAUUCCAUCUCCAAAUGUUCCACAAAGUUUAAAGAGCCCUGUAGGGUCAACAGGGGGCACCGUGAGUCAGGGGAGUCAGACUGAGGCAGAGGGGCGAAAAGCUGACGGAGAAGGAGUUCAGCAAAGUGUCGGCAUCAACCUCACUAGAGCAGCAACACCAGCUCCUAACCAGACUCUCAUCAGUUCUGCCACGUACACUCACAUCCAGCCGCACUCGGUUCUGCAGCAGAAGCAAGUGGUCUUUCAGCAGCAGAUUGCUAUUCAUCAGCACCGACAGUCCCAGCUACUUCAUGCUUCUACUCACCUACAGCUCGCCCAGCCUCAGCCCCAGGCUGCUACCCAGCAAGGCCUACAAACCCCGACGACCCAGCAAACCCUGGUUGUUCAACCAAUGCUGCAGGCGAAUACUGACUCUGCUGUCCCUACUAAAGCCCCCGUACCUAUCCAGCCAAAGCAGCCUGGCAAAGGUCUGCCGCAUCUAAAUCUUCAAGGUCACCUGGGGGCUAAAGCUUCCCAAGGCACCAGAGCACUUCCGAUAGCUUCCCCCACCCAGCCUCAUAUACCUGUGCAGCUUGUGGGUGCCAGACAGCAGGGCCCUGCCCAGGCAUUAGCCUUGGGAGCCCCUCAAGCCCCAUCACAAGCCUCGUCCCUGACACAAUUGACUCUACCCUCUUCUACUGCCUCUGUGGUGGCCGGUGCUGUGCAGGAAAGCCAAGCCGGGUUUUAUGGGGUUCUGCAGGGAAAAUUAUCUGGUCCAGGGAAGAGGAAGGCAGAGGAGGACAGGGAUGAUCCCUCUGUGCUGCCUGUCAAAGCAUCUCUGCCCACCAACACUCCCCCAACUGUUGAGGAGACCAGCACCCCAGCAGAUAAGCCAGAGGCUGCCACCCAGGUCUCCCCCACUCUUAUUGUUUCGGCUCCCCGCAGCGUCCCUGCCCUUUCAGUAACUUCUCGUCAACACAGCGACUCCAAGCCGCCCCAGGCCAUUGUGAAGCCACAGAUACUGACGCACAUCAUUGAAGGCUUUGUUAUUCAGGAGGGAGCAGAGCCCUUCCCUGUGGGCAGCCCUCAACUGCUAAAGGAACCUGAGAAGCAAACUGUAUCAGAGAAUGUUCUACCCCCAGCAGAGAGCCCACCUCCACAGCCUGUGGGAGAUACAGCUGCCAGCGCAGAUUUUGGAAGCUCCAAGCUGUUAAAAUGUGAGUACUGUGGCAAGUACGCCCCUGCCGAGCAGUUCCGCGGCUCCAAACGAUUCUGUUCCAUGACUUGUGCCAAAAGAUAUAACGUCAGCUGUAGCCACCAAUUCAGACUCAAACGAAAGAAACUGAAAGAGCUGCAGGAAGGUGGAGGUGUGAGAGCUCGAAGGCGCGGCCCUCGCAGGAACAGUUCAGAGAUAGCGCGAGCAAAGAUCCAAGGGAACAGGAUGCGGGAGGAUUCCAGCAGAGGGUCCGAUAAUUCCAGCUAUGAUGAAGCCUUCUCUCCUAACUCCCCCGUCCCACCGUCUUGCAGAACGCCACACGGCGACAGAGAUGGUGGCACCCCAACAAGUGGACCCUCAAACUCUGACCUUCUGGGAAUUAAUCCCAUGUUCCUCUCCAGUAACCCCAGCCACUGGAGUGUAGAAGAGGUGUACGAGUUCAUCUCCUCUCUGCAAGGUUGCCAAGAUUUAGCUGAAGACUUCCGCUCUCAAGAGAUCGACGGGCAGGCCUUGCUGCUGCUGAAGGAAGAACAUCUCAUGAGCGCCCUUAACAUUAAACUAGGACCUGCGCUGAAAAUCUGUGCUAAAAUAAACCUGCUCAAGGAGACCUAACUUUUCCCCAUUACCUCUGCAAGCACAAGGGGGCAGAGGAGACACUUACACAAGGGGAGAAGGAAAUUGAGGUGGGGUGCAGUUCAGCAGGACUCGUAACCUCAAAGAGGCAAGAGGAGCAUUUCCAAAUCACCGCCGACUUCUCCACAUUCCUGCUGUGAACUCUCCAUUUAUAAUCUCCUCGUUAUUCCUCUCUAAAUAUAUACCUAUAUCUUCUGUAUGUCUCUAUGUGUUCAUCUACACGUGAGGCGUGAUCCCGGCACCAGGACAGUUACAGGCCGAUGAACAUACGGGGGAGAUAAUGUGCCUUUGCUUCUCCAGGACAACAAAGCUUCUCUGUAAAGUAGGUGCUUGUCUUAGGAAGCUCUUCCACGUUAGGUUAUAGAAGAGAGAGGUUUCCCGAGAUCUUUAAAGCACCUGCAGUCAGUGUAGACUCAUUCCUCGCGUUACGGAAUCGGACCAAUCAAGUUCUUGCGUAUUUAUACAGUUCCUAUGUAUGAAAGGUAGGGAUGAUACUUCUACUCAUAGAUCCAUAAGUAAAGGGUUCUAAUUAGAGGCAGUCGCUUUGUUGUGUUUUGUUGGCCAAACCUUGUGUAUAAAGGUGCUAAGUGCAAAGAUUUGUGACUCCAUAAAGACUCGACUGUAGUGUGGCCUCCUGCAUAAAUAUACAGAGCGUUCCCUCAAUGCA